CCUGCCUUGUUCUUGAAAUUCGUCCAGUUUGGAAGAAGAGUCUAAGAUUAAAACAUGAAAGAAGUUUUCGUGUUUGCGCUUCUUGUCGCCUACUUGCCAUUAAAUGAAGGUCAAGAUUUAACCGAUUUGGAAACUGUCAAUGGGCUCGAGGAAACUGAGUCUUUCCGAUGUGGCGUAUUUUUCUCCGGCAAGAACAAGGGCGACAAACCAAGAAUGAAGAUCUUCAUUAUUCCAAAACGCUUUGAGACCAGCUGCCCAGCUAAAAACCCCAAGGAAUAUGAAAAGUAUUGCGGUGACUUGUUCAAUAAAGUCAAGUCUAAAAUCACCUGGAGAACUCCGAGCAAGAAACGAUCUGGGUUUAACGUUGGUGAUGAUUUGUGUGCUUUGGUCAAAAAGGAGGCCGGUAUUCGGAAAUUGCCCAAUAAGAGAUUCCCUCGAGGACUUGAGGUUGGAUUUUAUUACAACUAUUGUUCUGACAUCACGUGGUACGACACCGGAAACAGGAUCAAAACCAACCUUUGUUGUGAUACCAAUCAAAGAUACGUGGAUUGUUGAACCAAAUGACAAAACCUGUACAUCAAGCAAUAAAGUAAAAGGAGCACAGUA